GUUUGGGAAUUCGGAAAUUCGCAAACCUGGCACAUUGCUUGGGAGCUCCGGCGUGAUGUACUCCAGUUUGACGUGCAGUGGCGCCACUGCAGUUGACAAAGUGACUUGCCUGGCCCUGGGCAGAAAGUCGCUGGAGAGCCUGCUCGGUCCAGGCGGCAGUGUCCUUCGCAGAAGUGCGAUCAAGGCCUUGCUGAUGGACAACGUAGAGCAUGUAGACUACUUCAAGGAGCUUUCCGAUAGCGAGCUGCACAAGGUGGUGGAUUUGUUCGAGGAGACUUCCUUCCCACCCCUUGGCACGAUUGUCUCCGCUGGCGCGCCCGCUCAGCUGAUCGUCGUAGUAGCCGGCAAGGUGGCCAUAAUUGGAUCUGACACUGAGGAGGCGCAAGACGCAGCCACCUUGGAAAAGCAGGCCGUAAAUGUUCUCCUGCCGGGGCAAGUGCAUGGGGCACGGUCCCUUCUCAACAAUACUCCGAUGGAGUACAA